AUGUUGGAAUCGUUAGCUGCGUCUGUACUGAACAGGGUGCUGGGCUCCUAUGUUCAGAACUUUGACCCAGCGCAGUUAAAUGUGGGGAUAUGGAGCGGUGACGUGAAGCUUAAAAACUUGAAGUUGAGGCAGGAUUGUUUGGAUAGUCUCAACUUGCCAAUUGACGUGAAGUUCGGUGUGUUGAAUGACCUUUCCCUAGUGGUGCCUUGGUCCUCUUUGAAAAAUAACCCCGUUAAGAUUAUUAUCGAGGACUGUUUCUUGUUGUGUACGCCAAGAGACUUCAAAACUACUACUCCUGAUGAGGAUAUAGCCAGAGAGCUGAGACACAAACUCAAUAAACUGGCCGAAUGGGAACUGACUAAUCAGGCAAAGCAAUCGCUCAGUGCGGACAAUGCUGAUGAUGGCAAGAAUUCCACUUUUAUGCAAUCCUUAACAACUAAGAUCAUAGAAAACUUACAGAUCACGAUCAAAAAUAUACAUUUGAGAUACGAGGAUAAAAGUUGUCUAUUCUCGAAAUACCCAUGUGCGUUAGGUGUUGCAUUAAAAGAAUUCUCGGCUGUGUCAACCGAUGAUCAAUGGGUACCAAAAUUCAUUGAAACAGCUCAGGCGCUGUCCCAUAAACUGUUCAAGAUGGACUCCCUGUGCUGCUAUUGGAAUACAAACUCGACUUUCCUACUUGAUUAUCUAGAUCCAGAGUCUGAUCUAUAUGACCCAACUCAUGAGAAAUUGAUUCUGCAAUUCCAAAGAACUAUCGCUAGUGCAGAAAGUGUGGAAACUCCUCAGCAUCAAUAUAUUAUAAGACCUAUUAGUGGAGAAGGUCACUUGACUUUAAAUAAAAAAGGUUCCAGUGACUCUCAACCCCAUGUUGACAUGCAAUUGAUAUUUGAAGAGUUCACUGUCGGUAUCGAUGAUGCUGAGUAUAAUGAUUUUUUAUUUACAUUGUCAAAUCUGACUGCAAAGGCAAAUAAAUCUAUAUCUCAAGUGGAGAGGCCAUCUGUAUCAGUGCAGGAAAAUCCACAAGAAUGGUUCAAAUAUGUGGUAUCCAGAGUUAAAGAGAGAAUGCGGAAGAAAAACGAAAUGUGGACCUGGGAUGCUAUUCAAAAGAAAUGUCAAGACAGGAGAAAAUAUAUUGAACUGUGGGAAAAGAAACUUAAUUUGCCAUCAUUAGAGUCUGACCUACCAAUUGAAGAAGAAGCUAAAUUGAACGAGCUCACCGAGUCUUUAUCUUAUGAAGAGUUAAUUCUAUUUAGAACAGUGGCUAAAAGGCAGUUUACUGAAAGCAGAGCUGUUUCAAAAGCCUCAAAUAAAGCUAUAGAAAACAGUAAAAAUAACAAUGGAGGGUGGCUAUCAUCAUGGUGGGGCUCCAAAGAUACUACUUCUGACGCCUUGGAACUCACUGACGAACAGAGAAAAGAAUUUUAUGAUGCUAUUGAGUUUGAUGAAAAUGAGGAAGAAACUGAGGAGAUUUCUGUUCCUAGAGAACGAGUGACUUUGAAUAUCAGCAGUAUUUUAAAAAAAGGUUCCUUUGUCUUAAAGAAGAAAAAUAAUGUAAUAUUAUCCGAAGUUAUAUUUGAAGAUUGUGAACUUCAAUUCUCUCAAAGGUCUGAUUCUUAUAUAGGUAAAUUUUCGUUGGCUGACUUUAGGGUUGAAGAUGGAUCAGAAACAAGUAUUUAUAAGCAUAUUGUCAGUGGUAGGGAUUUACAUAAAUCAAGCAUUACUGACACAGGCGAUAUAAAGGAGAAUUUAUUGAAUCUGAUAUAUGAAAGCAAUCCUCUAGAUGGCAUCUCAGAUUCGAAGCUAGACAUCAAAUUGAAUGGUAUGACUAUAUUCUACAAUGUCCUUUUUGUAUCUGAAAUCCUCCAAUUUUUCAAUAUGCCCGAUGAACAUAAAGAUACCAUUGACGCAAUUAUUUCAGCAGCAGAGGCUACUGUUGAGGGGUGGACCACUUAUUCACGAAUGGGCAUAGAAACUAUUCUUGAGGACCACAAAACUAUUAACUUAUCUCUUGAUUUGCAAGCACCUUUGAUUAUACUUCCACUUCACGAUUAUACUUGGGAUACACCCUGUGCUAUUGUUGAUGCUGGACAUAUAUCUGUUUCUAGCGAUGUUAUACCAAAGGAAAAGAUUAAGGAAAUCAUUGGCAUGAGCCCAGAAGAUUAUGACAAAUUAAAUCCUAAUGAUAAGAACAGAUUGAUGUUUGAUAGGUACAAAUUAGAAUUGCAAGAUACUCAAAUCUUAGUUGGUGCUAACAUUCACAAUACACUAAGUAGUUUAAAAGAUAGCGAAAGUUUUGAAAACCUCAGUGUUCUUGAAAAAAUGAAGUUGGUACUAGUUCUGGACUCAUUAAUUGCACCAAAAGCAUUUCGCCUUCCAAAAUUCAAGUUAACUGGUCAUUUACCUACAAUUAGGUUUGCAUUUAAUGAUUUUCAAUACAAAACAGCUAUUGAGAUUUUGCAGAACUGCUUACCAUCUUCCUUUAUCAUCGAGAAUAAUGAUGGCACUCAAAACACACCUGAAGAAAAUGCUACUCGCUUUUCAGAUUUGGAACAAAAACAACUUCGUGAUAUGAAAGCUUAUAUUGCUACUCUAUCGGAAUCUCAACUUGACCAGAAAUUCUUGGAUGUUCACUUUGACAUUGAUCAAGUUAUGGUCGGGAUCUCAAAAUGUGAGAACUCAGAAACAAUGACAUGCAAUAAAUUGGUUGACAUUAAGGGUGAAAACUUUCAAUUUGAUUUUUACAAGAGAACCAAGGAUAUGAAAGUUAAUUUACAAAUACAUUCUCUGAAUAUGGAAGAUCAUAUUUCCAAAAGUUCGAAGGAAUUCAGUAAUUUGAUAACCUCUGAAUUUUCAGGUUCUGUUAAGAACUCGGAUUUGUUCUCUUUACAAUAUUCGAGAACACAAAGAAUUGUAUCCCAUGAAAAUUCUUUAAUUGAAGUAUACGAUCAAGAUGUUCUUAUUGAUAUGGAAAAAUUACAAAUUGUGUUGACACCACUGUCUAUAUUAACUCUAAUGAACUUCAUGAUGCUAACAUUCUCUGACCCCAACGCUCCUGAAGCACCAGCUGAUGUUCUGAGACAUAACAAUUCAGAUAAUGAAGAUGCACCACAAAAAAUAAAGAUGAAAAUUAACAUGGGUGGUGUUAAUGUCAUUCUCAAUGAUGAUUCUAUCAAAAUUGCUACCCUUGUCUUUAAUGCUGCGAACCUCAAACUAGUAAUGUUGCCAGAAAAACUAAAGUUUGAUAUGCGUAUGGAUGGGUUAGAUUUGACUGAGGAAAUAUCAGAAGCACUUGAUAGAUGCUCGCCUCUUAGAAAGCUAAUACAAAUGGAGGGUGAUGAACUUGUUGAGCUUUCAUAUGAAACCUUUGAUUCUCAAACUAAUUCUGCUAAUUUUGACUCUUUGUUAAAAUAUACAACUGGUUCUAUGGUAAUUAAUUUUGUUGAAGCCCCGAUCAAUAGAAUUGCAAACUACCUGAAUAAAUUCCAAAAGAUGAAAACAUUCUUUGACCGUGCAAGAGAGGCAGCCUAUAAUCAAGCACCUUCUAUGGACACUGUUAAUAACAUGAAGCUGGACAUCCUUAUUAAGUCGCCUACUAUUAACUUCCCUAAUACUUCUAAUUUAGAUAGUUUGGGUGAUAGGAUACAGUUGUUUUUAGGUGAAUUUUUCAUACAAAACAGUUUUACAGGAGAAACUUCUCAAAAUAAGGUUAAUCAUGUAAAGAUGGGUUUGAGACAAACAGAAUUGAUAUCAUAUAUUCAAAAUGAAAAAGUUAGUAUCUUGCAUGGAAUGUCUUUACUUUUUAGUAUAAUACAUUCACCACUUUCAGUAAAAGAUGAGCCUACAUUCAAAAUAAUCAGUGACUUCAAUCCCACAACUAUCGCUAUUUCUGAACAUCAGGCAAACGAACUAUUGAAAUGCUGGUCCACCUUUUCUAAUGCGUUUACGAUAGAAAAUGAUAAUGAAGAGCAAUUGUAUUUGAUGGUUAAUUCAACUCCAUCUGUAGAAUCCGUAUUAACCACUACUCCAUCGACUGCUGACAAUGCUUUAAAAGAUAGUGAUGGAGAGGAACUAGGAGAUAAGAUCAACUUCGAUUUUGUUUUUAACAGUCCAUCCUUAUCUCUUGUAUUGAGUGACUCAUCUUCAAGGGAGAAAACAUCGAAUGGCUUAAUUGCUGAAUUUGGCUUGCAAGAUAUGGGAACUUCCUUCAAGCUUGGCUAUGAUGGUACAUUGGAUGGUGAGGCACAUAUAUCUGCAUUUACUGUUAAAGAUAAGAGAUCUGAUAAACAAAAUAAAUUUGCUGAACUAGUACCAAAAUCCAAUGAAAAUGAUUAUCAAUUUGUUGCUAAAUACUCUACAAGAAAACUGAGUGAUCAUACCGUCACAAAUGUUUCAACAAAUAUAAAUAGCCCACACGUUAUUUUGGCUAUGGACUUCUUAUUUGCUUUGAAAAAUUUUGUAGGGGGGUUAAACUUUGAAGAGCCUACUGUUCAAUUAGAAACAGAUGAUUCAUCUAUUAAUUCAGAUAUCAUCAGUGAGUCAAAUGAACCCUCCCCGGAAACCAAAAAUGUUAUUCAAUAUUCGUUGAAUAUAGUGGACACUGCAUUUAUAUUAUUAGCUGACCCUUCGAAUGAGAAUACUGAAGCCGUAGUAUUUAAUAUUGGGCAAAUUCUACUGACAGAUCAGAACAUCAUAUCCUUUGCAACAAAUAAUGUCAAUGUUUUCUUGACACAGAUGAAUACCAAUAGUUCUGAUAAAGUUCGGUUAUUGGAUGACUUUUCGACUACUCUCACAAUUGAUAAGCGUGAGUCUACCAAAAAUUUACAAGUCACUGAUAUCCAGAUAUCUAUUCAACCACUGUUGAUGCGAAUCUCUUUAAGAGAUAUUAGAUUAGCAAUGAUGAUAUUUGAGAGAACAAUAGCGUUAGCGAAUAAUAGUAAAAAUGAUAUUGAGGUCCAAAAUGAAGAAUCUGGAGAUAAAAUUGAAGCAUUUUCUAAGGAAUUUGAGAAAAAGCUAUCAAAAUAUGUUCCAAGUAUAUUAAGUACACUGUCUGAUACACAAUCUUUGAAAAGAGCCACUAGUAGAAGAAGCGCUUCUCCAAUUAGAAUGCAAAUAAAAGAAAGCUUAAGUGCUGAUUUUGGGGGAUUGAGAUUAAUAUUAAUUGGUGAUGUGCAUGAAAUGCCAGUUUUGGAUAUGAGUGCAACUUCUCUUUUUGUUAGUGGUAAAAAUUGGUCCUCUAAUCUGAAAAUUGAGACAUCUGUAACUACCUAUGUGAAUAUAUUUAACUAUUCAAGAUCAUGUUGGGAACCUUUUAUUGAAAACACAAACUUUAUCAUUUCUUUCUUGAAGAAGUCUAAUACAUCCUCAGUUUAUGAGUUGAAUGUCAAUAGUGAUGUCUUAACUGAUAUUACCUUAUCGACAAGAUCCUUAGAAAUGUUAACUGGUAUUCCAAAAGCAUUGUCUGGGGAAUUGGCUUUGAAACCAAGAGGUUAUCAAAAGCCUUACAGAUUGGUUAAUCAAACAGGGUUGGAUAUUGAUGUAUGGAUACUGACAGAUAACAUAGAGGAUAGGAAAGGACUCACUAGAUUAGAAAAUGAAGGCAAUAUACCAUGGGAGUUUGAGGAUUGGCAAUCUGUCAGAGAACGGCUGAGUACAGACCAGGUCAGCUCAGUAAUUUGUGCAUCCAUUCCAAAUUCCAAUUAUAAAUCCAUAUUGAAAGUUGAUGCAACGGACAUUGGUGAUAACAUCCAUGUGUUGAAACCUAGUGUUGGGAAAUACCAUAAUAGAAUAAUAACAACAUGUGAUUGUGGUCCUGACAAUAUUAAAACAAUUACAUUUAGAUCUACAUUAGUUGUUGAAAAUAUAACGAGGCAAAAAGUGCUGGUUUCUGUAAAUCCUCCUCAAAACAGUAAACGAGAAUACUUAGAGUUUUCUAUCCUUCCUAAUGAGGUGAAAUCAAUACCUGUAGAAUACUGUUAUGAUUCCAAUUUAAAAAUUAAACCUGCUGCUAUAAGCAAUGAUAACGGUUUCAACUGGUCGAGUGAAAAUAUUUACUGGAAGACAUUGAUCAAUGGCUCGCGCUCAGUAUCAUGUCAAUCUCAGAAUAAUGAUGGUAGUGAUUAUAAUUUUGAGGUUUCUGGAUUUUUCGAUAAUAAUGAGCCUCUAUCAAAAGUUUAUCCUAAAAUGAAAAUUGUCAUAUCUCCAUCACUCAUAAUAGAAAAUGGAUUACCUUAUGAUAUCAACUUUUUGCUAUAUGAAAGAAAAGAUAUGAGGGGUGGUUACAGAUACUUGAAAAGAGAAUCCAGUCUUGAAAUUCAUGAUGUAUCUCUAAGAAAUUUUGUUUUAAUGCGGGUGCUCCCAUUAAUUGAAAAUGACAACUUAUCUAAACCGACAAUAAUUCAUACUCCACCAAACAACACACUACAACCAGAAAAGAGUAUACAUUUGACAUUGGCUAGCGGUCAAAAGUUACGCUUGUUGAUUCAUUAUCAAAAUUUAGACGGGACACCCACCAAAAUACUGAAAAUCUACUCACCAUAUAUACUAUUCAACAAGACAGAUCGUGAGUUAUUUGCAAAAUCUGAUAUGAUGAAUGUUGCUAAAUCGACUGUAUAUGAUAGUGAUAAUGGACGCUUUAGCAAGCCGUUGUUGUUUUCAUUUGAAAAGCCAAGUGAAAAGAACAAUAAAGCACAGAUAAAGUUUAGAGAGAGUGAUUGGUGUUUGCCAUUUUCCAUUGAUGCAAUAGGGCAAGCAUUUGAUACAUCAGUACCUGUUCCAAACAAGGAACAGGAGUUUGAUGUUGGAAUAUAUAUUAGUGAUGGUGUUGGACCUUAUAUGCUAUCAAAAAUAGUAGAAGUAGCACCAAGGUAUAUCAUCAGGAAUGAACUUGAUUAUGAGAUUGAAGUAUGUGAAGUUGGGUCCAUAGAUUCAAUUCAAAUUCCCAAGAAUGAUUCCAAACCAUUAUAUAAGUUGAGUUCCAUGGUUGAGAAACAGCUAAUAUUAAAAUUUUUAGGAAUGGAUUCCGAAUGGUCAGCACCAUUUCACUUGAAUGAGGUAGGCUCUACGUUUUUGAAGGUCUUGAGAAAAGGCUCUAGCCACAAACUACUUAAAAUUGAUAUUCUAUUAGAAAAUGCAACGCUUUUUAUUGUUGUUAAAGAUGGCAAGAACCACUGGCCUUAUUCCAUCAGAAACUUUAGUGAUUAUGAGUUCAUCUUUUACCAAAGAGAUCCUUCAUUAAUAGAUGAUUUGUAUGAUGAGAAGAAUGAAGAUUAUGAAGCAUUGACGUAUAAGCCAUUAUAUUACCGUAUUCCACCUAUGAGUGUAAUGCCUUACGCUUGGGAUUACCCGUCAGCUAAACAAAAGAAACUGAUAAUAACUUCCAAGAAUAGAAAUAGAGAGAUUGAUUUAGGAGCAAUUGGUAAUUUGAAGCCAAUGAGGUUGCCUGGAGUAGAUGAAGGUGAGAAAAUGCAUCUAGUUGAUUUACAUGUCGUUGCUGAUGGACCUACCCAGGCUUUGCUGAUUACUAACUAUAACCCUGAAGUUAGUUUAUACAAGCUAAGAAACAAGAAGAAGGCAUCUUCAUUAUCUCUAAAUGAAUCAGGUGAAGUUUUUGUUGCUGAUGAAAAUGAUGAAGAAUUUCAAACUCGGCUGGUAUUUUCAUUCAAUGGUAUCGGUGUCUCACUUAUUGACGCAAACCUGCGCGAAAUUUUGUAUUUAAAUAUGCAAGGCAUUGAGAUGCGUUACAAUGAAUCUGAUUUAUACAAAACUUUCAGUUGGAAUAUUAAGUGGCUCCAAGCAGAUAAUCAACUGUUUACAUCAAACUCUCAAAAUAUAAUUUAUCCUACUACCGUGAAGAAAACAGAAGAGGAAUUAAAAGAACAUCCAGUUUUAUCAGGAUCGAUUUCUAAGGUCAAAGAUGAUUCUCAUGGUAUACCGUACUACAAACACGUCACUUUAUUGAUGCAAGAGUUAUCAAUACAAUUAGAUGAAGAUUUCAUGUAUGCAAUUCUUGAAUUCAGCAGGUUUCCGGGUGCACCAUGGAUUACUGAACCUAAGAUUCCAGAUAUGGAUCAUGUAAGACUUCCUGAAUUUGAAGAUAUAACUUCAGAAGAUGAUUUAUACUUUGAAGUUCUACAUAUUCAACCUACUAUGCUGCAUUUCUCCUUUUCCAGAUCAGAUCGUAUUGAAGAGACGAAGGAUGUUAUAAUUUCUGAUACGAACAAAAAUAGUGUUUCGCCGAUGUAUUACGUUCAUAUGCUGUCCUUGACGCUAGGAAAUGUCAAUGAUGCUCCAAUUAAACUCAACUCGCUCUUAAUGGAUAAUGUUAGAGUACCUUUACCAAUGCUUAUGAACUCGAUGAAGAUGUACUAUGGCCAACAAGUUUUCUACCAAGUCCACAAAAUUCUCGGGUCUGCUGAUUGUUUCGGUAACCCAGUGGGGUUGUUCAAUACCAUAAGUUCUGGUGUAGUAGAUCUAUUUUAUGAACCAUAUCUGGGCUAUAUGAUGAACGAUAGUCCACAGGAAAUCGGAGCUCAAAUAGCUCGUGGUGGUGUAAGCUUUGCUAAGAAGACGGUAUAUGGUUUGUCUGACAGUAUGGCAAGGUUGACAGGUUCUCUGGCGAAGGGUUUAUCUGUUACACAGGACAGCAGUUUCCAGGAGUCCCGAAGGCUUCAGCAAAGAUUGAAUAGAAGUGGCAAGAACGUCUUCGCCAACUCUGCGCAGUCCUUUGCAGCUACGAUAGGCAGUGGGUUUUCCGGCAUUGCGCUUGAUCCAUACAAAGGCGCGCAAAAGGAUGGUGCAGCCGGGCUGAUCAAAGGAUUGGGCAAAGGUCUACUGGGCUUGCCUGCCAAGACUGCCAUUGGGUUCCUGGACUUGACGAGUAAUCUAAGUCAGGGCCUCCGGGUCUCCACAAAUGAUAUUAUGGCGUACCAGGCGCGGAUCAGGCUGCCCAGAUAUAUCGGCAACGACCAGAUCAUCAAGCCCUACGACGAGUCCCACUCCUUGGGCCAGUACUGGCUGAAGACCGUGAACGGUGGGCAGUUUGUCGACGACGAGUACUUGGCGCACGUCAUCCUGCCGGGCAACGAGCUGGUGGUCAUCGUAUCCAUGCAGAGGAUAUGCGAGCUGAACAUCAAGGAGCUCGAAGUCAUGUGGGGGGUCGAGUACGACUCGAUCCAGGGCAUCGUCCUCGAGCGCGGCGGCAUCCACGUCAAGCUCAAGUCCCAGGCAGAGUACUUCAUCCCCAUCGCAGACCCACACGAGAGAAGAUAUAUAUACAAGAACAUCGCCAUCGCAGUGAAGAAGUACAACCAGUACUGCGAAGUCGUAUUAUAA